AUGCCGGUCCAAAAGAGAAUCGGAGAAACGCUCGUUGCUGCUAGUGGUGGGAAAAAGAGAUUAAUAACUGACUUUUUUGCAAAGAAAUCGACUACUACUAAACAUGUUGACGUGAUCGAGAAGAAAACUGAAGAGCUUCAACAAGAGGACGUAAAAGUGGAGGGAACAACGAAAGUGGUUUUGGAAACAGAUUCUUCAAAUCAAUAUGGGGCAUUCUGUUCACAGUUUAAAUUUAAUAAGCAAGCCUGGGUCGAUUCGUUAACACCAAGACAGCGCGAGCUCCUUGACUUGGAGAUCAACACGCUUCAUAUUACUUGGCUAGCUGCUCUUCAUCAAACCCUAACUAAGCCUUACUUCCUCCAAUUGAAGGAUUUCGUAAUAGCCGAACAGCUGAAAAAGACCAUAUUCCCACCAAAUGAUCAAAUAUAUUCUUGGUCACAGUAUACUCCACUCCCAGAUAUAAAAUGUCUUGUAUUGGGGCAAGAUCCGUAUCACAAUUUUAACCAAGCGCAUGGACUAGCUUUUUCAGUAGUAGAACCAACAAGACCACCACCGUCGCUCGUAAAUAUAUAUAAGACAUUGAAAAAUGACUUUCCAAGUUUCGAAAUUCCCGACUACAACAAGUUAUCUAAACAGGGUACGCCCAGCGGUGGGAACCUUUCGCUGUGGGCCAAGCAAGGUGUGUUGAUGCUCAAUACUUGUUUGACAGUAGAAGCUCACAAGGCAAAUAGUCAUGCUAAACGCGGGUGGGAGCAGUUCACAGAGGAAGUAUUAAAGGCAGCCUUUGUAUAUCAUAGUAAGGCUAAUGGAUUUGUAAUUAUGGGCUGGGGUACGCCAGCCCAAAAGAGAAUUGAAAAGAUUGGGUUCAACAAAAGUUCCAGUUUCCUUAUAUUGAACACCGUUCACCCUCUGCCAUUGUCAGCCCACAGAGGAUUUUUCUCUUCAGGAGUGUUCAAAAAAUGUAAUGAAUGGUUGGCUGAAAAUGGAGGUGAGAAGCUAAACUGGGGGAUUCUUGAGGGUAAUAUCGUUAAAGAGUAA